AUGUAUCUUACAUUGCAGCUCUAUGAACUCACCGCCGACCCAAAGCGUAAGGAAUUUCUGGACGAACUGUUUUCCUUCAUGCAAAAAAGAGGUUCGCCUGUUAAUCGUAUUCCUAUCAUGGCGAAGCAGGUGCUCGACCUCUAUGAACUCUACCGUUUGGUGGUAACUCGCGGUGGUCUGGUGGAGGUCAUAAACAAGAAACUGUGGCGCGAAAUAACCAAGGGCCUUCAACUACCCUCUUCCAUCACCAGCGCCGCAUUUACACUGCGAACACAGUGA